AUGAAUACGUACAGCACCAUCGAACCCACCGUCAUUGACGAAGACCUUCUUCGAAAGGCCGUAAAUGAGCAAGCUUCACCUGAGAUCGCUGAUACGGCAAGACGGGAAGGUAUCGACCCAUCAGAUGUCACAACCUUGAGAUUAGAUUAUAAGAAUAUCCUCAAGAUCGAUAAUCUAUGGAUGUUUGAAAAUCUCACCAAGCUUCAAAUUGACAAUAAUAUCAUCGAACGGAUAGAAAACAUCAGUUUCCUCAAAAACCUGCAAUGGCUUGAUCUGUCGUUUAACAAUAUAUCAAAGAUCGAGGGGCUGGAGGGUCUUACGAAAUUGACGGACUUGACGCUGUACAAUAAUCGAAUAUCACGAAUUGAGAACUUGGAUGAUCUUGUCAAAUUGAACGUGCUGUCGCUGGGGAAUAACGGGUUAACAGUUUUGGAAAAUGUGAAUUAUCUGGCCAAAUUUGAGAACCUUCGCGUCCUCAACCUUUCCGGCAACACAAUAUGCAGAAGUCAAAACUAUCGCCACUACAUCUUAGCACACAUCCGCGGCUUACGGUAUUUGGAUUACAGACUUGUGGAUGAUGAUUCGGUAGCAGCAGCGAAGCAACAGUACAUAGACGAUAUCAUUGCACAGGAAGAGGAAGAUAAGAUAGUAGCAGCCAGAAAAGAACAAGAAAAGAAGAGAAGUGAACAGGAGGAGUUAUAUGAGUCGGCGCAUAUCCCUUCAAUAGACAGCCUCUUCAACAGCCUGUUUACCGAAGAUCCUGACUUCCAACGCUUUGCACCGAUCAUCACUCCUGAACCCUUUACAGACCUUCGUGAGGAAUACCAAGCCAAAUUUGACGUGGUCAUCAACGAGCUCAAGCAUUUUGUCCUGAAACGCUCUACCGAAAAACAGGAAGAGAUGGAAAUGUUUAGAAAAUGUUUGAUUGAGACCAAAGAAAAGACCGAUGCUGAAAGUUGGGGGAAGUGUAAGAAAUUCUCAGGAAUUAAGAAGCGGUUACUAUUACAGAUACAACAGUCCAAUAAUCCUGGAGAAAUACACAACUUAUUUAGAAACCUCCGCGAAGAGAGCAACGCACUGUCCGAUGGUCUCCUAUCUCAUGAAAUGACGCUUGUAGAGCAAUUCGAGGACGUCUUAAAAGAGUUUGAACGCAACUAUACUGAACUCUCGUCAAGCAUAACUGAAACAGGCGCAUCCUCAUUUGCUCGGUUACGGGAACUUGAGAAUGAAUUCCACGAGCGACUGAGCGAGGCAGUACUUGCUGCGGUAGAUCGUUUCAUCAAAGGCGAUGUUGCACGAGAUAUUGACAAGGAUAAAGAAGGAAUGGGAUUCGCGGAUGUUGAGGAUGAGCUGAGAGAUAUCAUGAACGACAAAGAUGCCCUCGUUAAUGCUAUUAACAGUUCGCACGACUUCCGUCUGGGUAAAUGCGACCAUCAGGAGGAUCUACUGGUAACAGGUGUUGCAAAGGAGCUGGAGAGAGUAAUACAAACAGCUCAUGAGCAAGAAAUCGUACGAAAUCGUGAUAGAGUAUGCGAGAUAAUUGCGUUCUUAGACAAAUGCAAUGCAGAAAUUGAGAUUGCCGAAGAAAAUGCGUAUUAAGCAUGUUUGUAUGCUAGUGAGAUGUACAACAGAUGUCCUCUGCUUAAGAAUUGUUCCAAAGCUCGCCCUAUUUGCUUCAUCUAGAGUCUCUUGUUAAUCACGUAUCUAUUGUUCUGGG